CUCCUCGUCCUCUCUCUCUCUCUCUCUCUCACGAGCUUGUAACUCUAUACAGUUCCUGUUGCUUCUUCAAACCUCAAAAUACCAAAGGGCCAGCCAAGCAGAGAUUGGAAAGAGAGAAUAACAUAUAAAAUACAAAAGUGAUGAUGGUCACGUCUUACCUUACAACAAUACAACACCAAACCUUUCCUUCAAUCCAACUCUACAACAUACCCACAAAAAAUUAAUGGCGUGACCCCUCAUAAAUACUAUAAUUCAAGAAAAACCCUGCUAAAAAUAAACCCCAUAAACAAAAAAACCGAGUACUGGCCCUAUUUCUUGUUUCUUACUUAAUUCUUUUAAGACAAAAGAAUAAAUAAAAUUCCAACUUUUUCUCAAAAAUAACAACAAUGACUGAGGUACUCCAAUCAUCUCCUCCUCAUCACUUCCCUUCUCCUUCAAGCUCCACUUCUACACCAUGUGUUGUCAGUACCAAUGAUGUUGAUAUCCCACACCAACACCAACAACAGCAACACCACACGCAUAAUAGACCCCAUGAAAUAUUAGACCAAGAAGAAGGGAGCAAAGAAAGGGAGAGAGAAGGCGAUCAAGUGUCAAUUGUGGAACUUUUGUUGGCUGCUUUUAGGAGGUCUAUUGUUGGGUGUAGUGUGACUGCUAGCACUGGGAGUAAAGGGCUUUGUAAAAUGGAGAUUGGGGUGCCAACUAAUGUUAGGCAUGUUGCUCAUGUAACUUUUGAUAGGUUUAAUGGGUUUCUUGGUUUGCCCGUUGAGUUUGAACCUGAGGUUCCCAGGAGAGCGCCCAGUGCCAGUGCAACUGUUUUUGGGGUUUCGACAGAGUCCAUGCAGCUGUCAUAUGACUCUAGAGGGAAUAGUGUGCCUACAAUACUCAUGAUGAUGCAGAGACAUUUGUAUGCCCAAGGAGGUUUGCAGGCAGAAGGGAUUUUCAGAAUUACUGCAGGUAACAGCCAGGAGGAGUAUGUCAGGGACCAAUUAAACGGGGGAGUGAUCCCUGAUGGCAUAGACGUGCACUGCUUGGCAGGCCUUAUAAAGGCUUGGUUUAGAGAACUUCCAACCAGUGUCCUGGACUCUCUUUCACCAGAGCAGGUAAUGCAAUGUCAGUCUGAAGAGGAAUGUGCUCGGCUUGCAGGGCUCCUUCCCCCAACAGAAGCUGCUUUACUUGAUUGGGCAGUAAACCUAAUGGCUGAUGUUGCGCAAAUGGAACAUCUGAACAAGAUGAAUGCACGCAAUGUUGCUAUGGUGUUUGCACCAAACAUGACUCAAAUGUCUGAUCCUUUAACAGCUCUAAUGUAUGCUGUUCAAGUGAUGAAUUUUCUCAAGAAUCUAAUCAUUAGGACGCUUAGAGAAAGAGAUGAAUCUGUGAUUGAUUCGGUUCCUGUUUCCCGCCUUGAGCCUACCGAUGGAAAUGGGAACCAGAGCGCUUCUCAACCAUCUUGUGAGGAGGAUGAAGAUGCCACCGAGGAAAAUGAAUGGGAGAAAGCAUUUGUUGCUGAAGAGCCUGCUUUCGAGAGCCCUUCUCAACCUAGUCAAGAUGAUUCUAGUACCAUGGAUGGCUCUCAACCUAGUCAAGAUGAUUCUAGUACCAUGGAUGGGUCUGCUGGUUUCUUAAGUUCUAUCGAGAACAUUCCUGGAGGAAGGUGGUCUCUGGUUGAUAACUGUCCUUGUGAAGUUGUAUCUCAAGUGAAUGCCUUGAAAAAUGAACACCAUGAGGGUGGCCAUACAUAUAAAACUGGAGGGGUCCAAACCAGAAGUUGCAAGAGCAAAACUGGUCAAUCGAGUAAUUCAACUCUCAAAAGAGGGUCCAAAAAGGUGAAGGAGCAGCUAAUAGUUAGAGCAGCUGGACCUGUAGAGAAGGGUGAGGGAACUGGUAUCGUAGGCCACAUAAAUCCAAAGACGGAACUGUUUGAAGCUUGGCGCUGAAGGGUGUGGAUUCUGUACCAGGCUGCCAGCUUGUGCUAGAGGCUGGGGGAAUUUGGCGAUCAAUGAAACAAGUUGGCAUUGUUGUGUGUGCUUUACUUUAGAAAUGUCGUGUGUGAUUUCCUGUGUGCUUUUGCAAGUGUUUCUGGGUUUUCAUUAACCUUUUGCUGCUUCAUGUUUAUAUUUCCUUGACCGGUUCUAACAUAGACUGUUCACAGUACAGCUUCUGAUCAAGUUGACAUUCCCUAUUCUACUA